AAAUUUCAGAUAAUUGCACCACUUAUCACUUCUUCACAAGUUCACAAGUUUUUCAAAGGUUUUCCCGUGUUUUUUCUUCAACGAAGAUUCAACUUUUCAAAGGUUUUUUAUCCAUUUUAUCGACCACAAUUCGAAUUGUCGAUCGCUUAUUGGCCAGUUUUGAGUUUUAACACGUUUUUCAUCGAGUAGCCAUUAUUUCCUGGUACAAUUUCGAGAGCUUGUGGCAUCAGCAACGUUAUCAGAUCUUCAUUUUUUAAAAUCAUUAGUAAGUUUAAUUUCGAAUUUAUCGAACUGAUGGUUCGGUAUACUUAAUAUGGCGCAAAUCCGUCGGAUUAAUUUUUACAUGAUCGGAGUAUGAGCCAAAAUUUGGACGAAAUUUUCACCAGAGCAGCCAGUUCCAACUUGACUGCAACAGCUGUAGAAUUUAUACCUAGAACUGGGUCGAGUUCUUCAACUAAUCGUAAUUCUAAUUCGAUAGACAUGGAUAACAACAGAUAUGACAACAGAAAUCAAAGGUAUUACGAUAGAAGGUACCAGAAUUAUGACAAUAACUCGUAUUAUAAUCGAGACCGUAAUAGUCAAUCGCAAUCUUCAUCGUCGAGUAAUUCGUAUGCUGUGAAAUCCACACCCAAAGUCAGAGAUAGGAGAACUGAAUCAGAUAAUACGUAUUCUGGAUCCUCUGGUUAUUAUAGCAACGGUCCAUCGUAUCCUCGUUACGAUAAUUCGAAGCGAUAUCCACCGGAACAGAAAAACAAUAACAGAAAUAACCAUUUCAAAAAAAGAGACUACGACGAUGAAGAUGAUGAAGAAUAUGAUGAUAGAUAUCAACAAAACUCUAGAUACGCUGUUUAUGAAAAUCGAAAUCAUAGAUCAAACUAUUCUAGUAAUUUCUCCAAAUCUAACGUCACGAAUGGAUCCGUCAAUGGCAAUAAAAAAAAAUCAACCAUUUGCCAACGUGAAAGAUUAACGGAGCAGUUAAACGAUGGUAUCCUCGAAUGCUUAGUUUGUUGCGAACGAAUCAAGCAACGUGAACCUGUAUGGAGUUGUUCGAAUUGCUACCAUGUUCUACAUUUAUAUUGUAUUACAAAAUGGGCCAAGUCUUCCAAAAAUGAUAAUAACAACUGGAGGUGUCCAGCGUGCCAAAACGAAAGUGUACAGAUCCCUGAAAAAUACAUGUGUUUUUGCAAUAAAACAAGACUGCAGACUGAAUGGAAUCGUAACGAUACGGCUCAUUCGUGUGGCGAGGUCUGUGGUAAAAGUAAAGAGAAUCCUACACCAUGGUUCAUAUGUGAACAUAAAUGUAAUCUUUUAUGUCAUCCUGGACCAUGUCCUUCGUGUACUAUUCAAGUUACCCGCGAAUGCGGAUGCGGUCGCACUACCAGAACUGUACAGUGCAGUUUUAAAACUCCCAUACUUUGUGGAAAAGUUUGCGAUCGCUUAUUAAAUUGCGGUGUUCAUCGGUGUCUGAAAACAUGCCAUUUUGGCGAAUGUGAACCCUGUGAUAUGAAAACAGAAAUAGCUUGUUUUUGUAAUAAAUCGAAGAAAGAGUUGAUUUGCGGUUCGCAAGAACAAGAAAAUUUCACCUGCGGAGAAAAAUGUGACAAAACUCUAGCCUGCGAUAAUCAUAAAUGUGAUCUUAUAUGCCACCAGGAAGAAUGCGGUCUUUGUCCAAGAUCACCGAUUGUUGUAAAUUCAUGCUGCUGCGGUAAAACUCCUCUAACUGAAAACACUCGUCAGUCGUGUUUAGAUCCGAUGCCAACUUGUGAGCAGAUUUGUGGAAAACGCUUGCAUUGUGGCACGAUAAAUAAACCUCAUUUUUGCGAAUCCAAAUGUCACGAUGGCGAUUGUACCCCUUGUAAAAAAAGUGCGUUGGUCAAAUGUCGAUGUGGAGGUAAAGAAAUGUCAAUACCUUGUUCCAAAAUCGACAAAGAUACCGGAUUUCAGUGUCAAAAGAAGUGUAAUAAGAAAAGAUCGUGCGGAAAACACAAAUGCAAUCAACUUUGUUGCAUCGAUGUUGAUCAUAUUUGUCCUCAGCGUUGUAGCGGUACAUUAAGUUGCGGCAAACACCGAUGUGAUAUUUUAUGUCAUCGUGGCAAAUGUGGACGAUGUUUACAGAGCAGUUUCGAAGAACUGUAUUGCCAUUGUGGUCAUUCUGUGAUUUACCCCCCAGUGCCUUGUGGAACAAAACCUCCUGCUUGUGAUCAACCAUGCCAACGUCAGCAUGAUUGUGAACAUCCACCUUUACACGUUUGUCAUUCCGAUCGCGCUUGUCCUCCCUGUAUUGUGUUUACUGAUAAGCUUUGUUACGGCGGUCACGAGUUGCGAAAAACCAUUCCUUGUUACCAGAAAGAGUUUUCUUGCGGAUUACCCUGUGGUCAACCUCUACCUUGCGGAUUUCACAAGUGUCUGGUUCCAUGUCACGCCGGUGAUUGUUUGACCGCUUCGAAAAAAUGCACGCAACCGUGCACGAAGCCUCGUGAUUUAUGCGGGCAUCCUUGCAAUGCCCCGUGUCACAAAGGAUAUUGUCCCGAUACACCUUGCAAAGAAAUGGUCAAAGUAACCUGCGCUUGUGGUAAUUUAGUCGCUGAUCAUAAUUGUUACGAACACGCGGAUGACUACAGGCGUAUCGUUUCUGCGACCCUGGCAGCUAAAAUGAACGAGUUACAGUUGGAGAAUUCGGUCAAUAUACACGAUAUAUCGGAUAAAAUAAACGCCGAAAAGGUUAACUUGAGAACAUUAGAAUGUGCGGACGAGUGUAAAUUAAUAAUGCGGAAUCGUCGACUGGCUUUAGCUUUGCAAAUACAGAACCCAGACUUGAGUGCUAAAUUGACUCCGCGGUUUUCGGAUUUCAUGAAAGGCUGGGCCAAGAAAGAUCCGAAUUUUUGUCGACAUGUUCACGAUAAACUAACAGCUUUAGUGAAAUUAGCCAAAGAGUCUAAGCAAAAAAGCCGAAGUUUUUCGUUCGAAGUGAUGAAUAAAGAGAAACGUCAAUUCGUUCACGAAUAUUGUGCUCAUUUUGGUUGUGAAUCCGAAGCUUAUGACGCCGAACCGAAAAGAAACGUGGUUGCUAUCGCUGUGAAAGGAAGGUGCUGGUUACCUGCCUACUCGGUUCUGGAAGUCUUGCAACGAGAAAGUGGUCAACGUAAGGUACCAUUACCCGUGCUCAAUAAUAAAAAAUCCAAGUACGAGAACGAUACUUCGAACGGUAUGCCACCGACAAUAAUUCUACCUGUGUUACCGAGCGCUUCCUCCAAUUCGAGAUUCAAUUAUUUCGGAGAUUAAUCUACGCGAAUUAGUCGUAUUUUAUUUUUUACGGUUUAAAAUCGUGUGUAUUUUAUAUUAAAAUUUAACAUAGCGGGCAUAUAUCAUGUCGCGGUACUCGAUUACGUUACGUACAAUAAUAUUAAGAAGGGAUUUCGUGAUGAAGAUCAUUUUUUGAGUUUACCAUUUUUAUCGAAGAAUAUUCUUAUUGUUUAUUAUAUGUUUUUUGCAUAAAGAAUACAUACAUUUAUCAUA